AUGUUGGCAUCUCUGGUAAAAGUGUCUGUGGAAGAGAUUUCUUGGGAUGGCCCUCCUGGAAUCUCAUGGGCCAAGCUGUUGUGCAGGUUGCGGGCCACCGGGCAUCAGAUGGACAAAUACAUGCAAGAAUCCCUAUGGAAGGAGAUUAGCAGGAAUCGGACGCCAAUUCUCAUCCGUGGACACAGUCAGAGUCAUCACGAAGUCCCUGUUGAGGCAGAAACGGAAGACUCCGAUGACCGCGACUGCUCAUGUCCUCGGAGCUCUCGCAACAGGGGGAAGUUGGUGUUAGAUGUUCCCGAUGCUGUUCGAUGGCAUUGCUUGAGGUUGGAUGCUCAUCCUGACAUUGCUGAGAACGAAUUGUCAAUAAAAUCCUUGCAGCUUGUCGCACAGCGCCGCUGGAAAGGUUGUUCUGCUUCUUUACUGUCGUCAGAGUUGAACGUCACCUCCUGCAAUUUGUUUUAUUUGCUCGAAGGACUGAGGUUGGCAGGUUUGUUGGUGGGCGUUUUGACGCUCCCUUCCAAGGCGACGGCAGCAGAUGCGCAUGGCAACCUUUUCUAUUUCUCCCGCUUUUUCGAUCCUGAGUCUGCUGAACAAAGGGAGGUGCAGGUCUUGCUCAAAACUUCCGCGACUGCUUUGAAGAACAAGAUCUUGGCGACUUUGAAUGCCACGGACUCCAAGGUGGCUUUUGAAGGGGGCUUGCGGUCUGUGCUGGCACAAGUGCUGGACGAAUCAGCCUUGAAGCCAGACAUCUCGCGCCGAGCUGCAGGUCGCAUUUAUCAGCGCCUGAGGUCAGAACUUAUGGCAAGCGGCAAGGUGGAGUGUGUUCGUGCUUGGGAUGCUGGCAGCAAGACAUACAGAGAUGCUCUUUGCAUCCCGGGGCACGUCCCAAAACAGCCUGUCCUGGCCAUUGAAGACAUCAAAGCUGACAAAAGCCCUGGAACCCGAGAUGUGGUGCAGCCAUCCGAGCAGCAAGUCCGAAGAGUCGCGCAUCCGCUCCCCGAAGGUCUCGUGCAUGCACAGCUGAGUAUGGCUUGUGUGCGUUCUGCAGAAAGAUCAGCAUCCCAACAAACUGAAGAUUUGAUUCGUUGUUGUAGCAGGUUUGGCCGCGGCAUUACAAGUCCGGACAUAUCCAGCUUGCUAGGAAUUCGCCGAAAGCAAACGGAGCGCAUCCUAAAUACACUGGUGAAGAAGAAGCGUGCGACUCGUGUCUUUGAGAGCGAUGGGAAAGCACAUUUCAAUCGUUACUUCGAUUCACCAGCCACUUGCAUGGGUGCAUACAGUGUCCGGCAAUCGAAUGGGAAGCAUGCACUGAAGCUGCAAGAUGGACGUGCCAGCAAAGCCUUGAAGACAAUGUCUGCAGGACGGGUGGAUGCGACAUUUGUCAGGCGUAUUCAACGCACCGGUGAGCUCUUGGAAGAGACCGGCAUGCUUACCACGACCGACCUGAAGAAAGCAGGCCUCCAGGAUGAUGUGCUGGGUUGCAUGGACAACAAGACACCGAUGAAGAUUUUCAGGGCUCUGGCAUCUGCUGAAGAAAGAGUCGGCCUGGUGACAAAUGCCGCAGACCAGAUCGAAAUGGCGUUUUGGAAGCCAACUCACACGGAAAGCUCCGCGCGUCAGGUGGCUGCAGACAAUGCAGAGAUUCGGCGGGAGAAUCGCUUUCAGAAAAUUCGGCGACCCGAGAACGAGAAAGAAAAAGGGAUGAAGCCGCCGAAGAAAUCCUUGCCGUUGGCGUUGCUCGAUCGACCAUGGUCAGCUCCCUCGAGCAUGAUGCAGCUGACGACGCGAAGGGUGCUGCCCGAGGACAUCGUAGCAGAGAGAGUGAGCCAGCUGGGCAAGACAGGUGCCGUCGCCUCUGUCCCAAGAACUUUGGACCAGAAGGUGUUGCAGCACUACGGAUUCAACAGCUCUUUAGUGUCUCGUAUUCACCUGCUCCAUGGGAUGCUAUUGCGCCGGCAGGGGUUCGACAAGAGUGCCAGAUGGACGCCAGCCAGAAUCGUGGACGAGAUGGAUCUUCAUGUAUUUUUACAAGUUAUCGGCUGCGGGUUGUAUGAUCCAGAUCUCGACAAGCUUCUGGCGACUGGAUCCAACCCUCUUGUUUGCCAGGCGAGCCCGGGAGCGGUGCCGGCGAACAUCAGAAAGCAACUCCUCGGGCCAACCACAUGCACUGGGGCGUCAAGGACGACACAAACCAUCCGCCGUGUCAUGGUUUACCUUGUGAAGAUGAAUCUUGUGACGAUGGCCGGUGAUUCAACAUCUGGACCUUCCGGAGAGACCGUUCACUUAGUCUACGAGGUGAAUCGAUACGCGCACGUGGACAGUUUCACGGCAGACCUUGAAGCAGACCCGCCCCGGCGACUUGCCAGCUUCGACCUUGCAGAACCUGGUUCUGUCGAUGCAUAUUGGGAGAAGACCAAGCAGCUUGUGAAGGAAUGGUGUGACAAGGUCCUGGGCGGGGCGAGAGGCGCAAGAGACGACGGAAGCUCCAGCGAUGAGAAGAGGCCCCUCUCUCGGCAGACUGCCCCCAACAUCCCCACCCCUGUGAAUGCUCCGCUUCCUGAGCUCUUCCGCCGCAAGAACUGGAAGAGCUAUCCAUGGCUCAGUCCGCAUCAGCGGGCCGCCCUCAACAAAUUCUACAGCGACCUUUGCUUCAGCACGGCACCCAGGAGACAGCGAGCUUCAGAGUCGCUCCUUUCCGAGGCGCAAGAUGUAAGGAUUGUUACGCCAAGAUCUGCCGAAGUAUCUGCCCUCAGCCGCCGAAUCAUGGUGCCACCUGAGCGGGUCGUGAAGUAUUGUCGGCAGCUGGUGGAGGUGGCUGGGCCUCACCCCUCCGGAGCCAGGGUGGAGUUCUCCCCGCUGUACGCCGUGCGGUACAAAUGUCACAAAUGUGGCCACCUCUGCUUUCUGAAGACGGCCAUCGCAGACCAUUAUUGGAAGGUUCAUUCUCUGCCCUUGCCUACAGAUGAGAGCCUUUUCUGCGAGCCGGAUUUUUAUGCACGGCGGCUGGAGCAGGCAAAGCCACCUAGGAACCCCGGCAUCAAGCGGUUGCGGAAAGUGCUGCCAAGCAAGUCCAACAAGCUCCACUUGGACAUGGGGGAACUCCGAGAGGAGCUGGCUGAGGUGGAAGACGAGAUAGAAGAUGUACAGUGGCUGCAGCUCUUGGCCACUGCUGAAUCGUUGGUUGGCUUGGAGCAACACGCCAAGGGCUUGCCGUUGACGCAGCGUCCAGUUGGCCCCUCGCAUACCAGCCCGUCGGUCACGUGGCCAAUGCUCGCCCGCCUUGCAGGCCUUCCGGAAGCAUACUGCCAGAAACGCAUCAGGGAGCUCCUGCAGUGCGACCCCAAGAACCAACGCUUGGUCAGCACCUUGCGAUCCGAGGAAGUCCAGAGUGAGCGCUCCGCACAUGCACAAAGUGCUGCGGGGAGGUCCGUCUCAAAGUGCCUGCUGCUCUCGCCCUACGAAACAUUCAUGUCCUGGUGGAAACUGGAGUUCUUACCUGCCGAUGUCCGAAGACUUGUCGACUCUGUUCUGAGGCAGUGGCAGGUGGCGUCUUUGGUCAGCAAGUACAAGCCGCGCAGCAAAGGAAGGAGGCUUCCAGACAACGUGCAUCCGAGUUUUACGUUGACUUAUGCCUGCAAAGUCAGGAUGUUUGGCAGAGGUGGGGACUUCACUCGCUUGCAAGAAGCGCUUGGGACGCUUUCAUCGACCAGUCCUGAAGCCUUGCAGGGCUACCGGAGCUUCGCGCCAGAGUCAUCUGAGGGGACCCACCUGCUGGUGCUUUCAGAUGCUGUGGCGUCAAACAGGGCGACCCUGAGAGCGGUGUGGGCUGAUUCAGAUUUCUACAGUCAGGCAAUCGGCAAGAGGCCGCCCUGGCAGAGUUCUCACGAGGAGGACGACGAAGAGGAGGAGCCGCUCCUUGAGCCCGAAGAUGAGAGAAGCGGCUCGAGGCCUCCAACGGGCAUCCAGUCCCAUCUGCAACUGACGAGUGACGAGCCCACACUUCAGUCGAUUCGAGUGGCUCUCGCAGCUCCCCGGAAGCCAGAAAGCUUCCUGAAGUGGCUCCUGGUCCCCGACGAAGAGCUUCCCAACAUGCUACCUGCCCCUGUAGAGCCGGUGGAUCCAAUGCGUUGCUUCUGCGAAACCAAGGACGCCGAGGCCGAGAACCGGCAAGAGGAUUCUGAGGAGGAGGAAGCCCAGGACGAUGACAUCGGAGGAGAUGCGCUGCCCAGCCAGAACCAAGCUGCAACUGAUAAAGGGGCUGGUAAAGCCCAACAUGCACCGAGCACGGCGCUUGAACAGGAUGAAGACCAGGAGGUUCUGGAUAUUUCAUUCAAAGAGUUUGCAGCAACGUUCCUGGACACGCCUUCCAGCGUGGGAGCAGGCUUGUGUUCGCGAGAACAAGAACUCCUCGAUGCCGCAGCUUUCGUCUUCAAAACCGUUCAUUCGAUAUCUUCCAGAGCACCAGAGGUCAAAGAGGAAGGUGACCUGACGGGACUUUUUGUUCUGCCAGGCGCCAGCACCUCUCAGCUCAAGGCUGCAUAUCAGGGCUUCCGAAGCCACCAAAGGGGCCCGAAGCGACUCAGGCGCUUGCAGCCUUCGCAGCCCAGGCCUCCCAGCCUGUCGUUGGUCCUGGCUUGUUUAGAGGAGUUGAGGCUCGUGGUUCCUUUUCCAUGCGGCCAGGAGUUUCGAGAGGUCCUUGCUCACGCUGCCGCCCCGUUCUGCGUUUCACAGAGCUCCUCUGAGCCUAAGGGGAGCCCUGAGGCCUCGGCUGAGGCCUCGGCCGCCUCGGCUGCAGCAGAACUUUUCAGUCACUUCGAUUUGGGAAGGCACUGGCUUUGGCCCUACUUGGAGCAUUGCUCGCUUCGCUGUCUCCGCCAAGCUGCGGCGUGUGUACUGCGAGCCGCUGGUCUC